CUGGACUCAGUCAUUGAUGCUCUGGUUUGGGCCAUUUCCAAACUGGGCUUGUCCACACAGCAGCAAACUCUUCGCCUUGGCCACCUCACCAUGCUGCUCUCCCACAUUCGUCAUGUCAGCAACAAAGGCAUGGACCACUUGUCGACCAUGAAGAAGAAGAACGUGGUUCUGGUGUACAACCUUCUCCUGGAAAUGCUGGAUGCCAACACAUCCAGCAGCAGCAGUCAAACUGCUGCAUCCUCGCCGACCUCUGAGACCUACUGUAACCCCAUCCCCCCUCCAUUUUACCUGCAGGCUGUUUUAGAUCAGACCUUCACCACCAGUCCCAGCACUGAUAUUUGUAUGGUGCCUCCAGAGGAACCAGUUGAAGACCAUAUGAUGGUUAGACACAUGCAGUCUCAAGGCCUCCUGUCUUCUUCUCCAAUAGGAUCUCAAAUGAAAAGUGAGGACUACACCGCUCCUGAACACUGGUCUAUGGACGGAAGGGAUGCCAGUUCUUCAGGGGAGCCACCUGGUUACAUAAUUGCUGAUCAAGUAGUCAUGGAAACCACCUUGGAAGAUAAUUAAAAGAUCAUAAAAAGAAAA